GUCCAUCACCGGCUUUUGGGUCUCAAGCAAGUGUCGAACGCAGCUUGGGAGGGACUCACAAAGGCAUGACAUGCCAACAAUUUGCAUAGCAUCAAGGUCCUUUCAACUCCCAAACAUUUUUCAGGUUGGCAACCUGGUACCGUUUUUGUGUGGAUUUGCACACACGCUUGGAGUCCAUAGAAUGGGGAACGCCGUGUCCCUGCGUGACAAGCCUGCGAAGCCAGGGCAACGGGUCAUUGAAAUCCCAACAUUGAAAUUUACGGUGAAGCCCCAGUGCCAGGCUUUGCAAAGUGGUCCAUGUACUCUUUUGGAUUUGCAAUGUGUUUCGCAAUUUGGCAUCAAAAUAGUCCGUAUCUCGGAAACAGAAAGGGGAAGAACCAUUAGCUCCAAAGACUAUCCCGAUGCACGAGCUUCACUCAAAGCCGGUUAUGAGGUUUGGGUGCUUCCUCAUCUAGCAGAAAACGUCAUAAUUGAGGAUGUGAACACAGUAGCUUUGCGACUCUUGCAAUCUUUCGAUCUCAUUUACACGGUCGAAGAUGAUUCUGUCCACGUCCGGGAAGGAACUAGGCUGUCCAAGUUCAUGAGGCACUUUAACCUCUGUAACGAGGACUUGAAGGUCGACUAUUUACCUGGAUGUACAGUCACGUACAUACGCCCCACGGCAGCUUCAAUCUGCACGCGUCCUUUUGCUGAGCAUGUUUUGCUUCAUUUGGCAAAGGCAUAUUGGAUGAGCAAUUCUCAGACAGCAUUUGCGUGCUUGCUACGGCGGCAAGGAAUUGUUCAGGAAGACAGACUUGUGCUUCAGGUGCUUAACAUGCGGAACAACUUUGCCAUUAGCCCAAUAGCCGUAGUGCAUGGUGGUUGUGGACCCCGAGGUCUAUGGGAAGUCCCUGAAAAGACGUCUACCAUUCUUUGCCCUGGAGAUCGCUUAAUCUUCCUCCCACCGGCCCCGCUGGAAGAGAAUCGCUUCAACGAACGCAUAGCCAGCCUCAAUGAUGAGACUAGAUCGUUGACCCUUCGUUGCGCAGAGCGGUCACUAGAUAAUGCCAAUCUAUUUCCAGGAUCAGCAGUAAAGCAUGGCGAGCCUGAAGUCUUUCCGCCUAGUGCAAAGCCGAAGGCACAAGCCAAACGAAAGCGCCCAACCCGGCGCGGACGUGGAGGGUCAAAGAGGCAGGGGCGUGGAGGCUCCGGGGGGUCAGAUGGUGUUGAUGCAGAUGCUGCAGCUGCAGAUGCUGCCGACAGUGGCGACCAUGGGGACGAUGAUCAGCAGAGUCAGGCAAGCAAUGUGACCUGGCAUAAUCAAGACAAUUGGUCAAACCUUCACCCUUCGUUGGGGAUGCAAGGCAGCAAUGGCAGCUUCUAGUUUUGCACUUGCUUGGAAUUAACCUGCUUGCUCCUUGGCAUGUUUCUGCUUGUUGUAUUUGAUUCUUUCGUUGUUAUACCCGCUCAUUUGUCCCCCUUUCUUUCGCAGCACCUUCAGCGGAGCACCUGGUAGUUGAGUGCGCUUUGACCGCACCAUUUGCUGCAAGAGUGACUGCAAGGGAGACUGUGCCUAGCUUAUUGUAUAGUCAGCGGAGCACCUGCGGUAUGAGUGCGGAAGCGCACCACUUGCUGCAAGAGUGCUGAUCUUUUCGCUGUGACCAGGUGACCAGGUGUAGAUCUGGUGGGACCGUUUGAGCGUGCUUGAAAACCGC